GCCGGCGACUGGCGGCUGCGCGGCGCGGCGGUCGGUGGUGAGCGAGGCUGGGGGAAGGCGUCGUCGCGGGGAGGCGGCGGACGGUCGGCGGCGUGGACGGUUCGAAGCCUGCCCUCCCCGCGCAGCCGAGGCUGGCCACGCCGAGGUCCCCGGGAGGCGGCCGGAGGGCGUGAAUGGUUCGGCGUUGCAGCCAGGCCUGCGUGGGCCCGAGCCCAGAGGAGCCGGGGCCCCGGUGUCGUGAUUCGUGCGGAAAUUUGUUAAUUAUUCUUGAGUACUGAUGAACGACCACGCCUCUUCAAAACCGUCCACCAUGAAGCUAAAACAGACCAUCAACCCCAUUAUUUUGUACUUCAUACAUUUUAUAAUAAUGCUUUAUACUAUCUUAACAUACAUUCCGUAUUACUUUUUGACUGAGUCAAGGAAAGGGAGGUCAAACCAGAUUAAAGCCCAGCCUGUGACUUCCUCACCAGAGUCUGCAUACCGAUCUGUCAACAGUCUGGAUGGUUUGGCCUCAGUGUUGUACCCCGGAUGUGAUACCUUAGAUAAAGUUUUUAUGUUCGCAAAGAAUAAGUUUAAGGACAAAAGACUCCUGGGAACUCGUGAAGUCUUAAGUGAGGAAGAUGAAGUACAGCCAAAUGGGAAAAUUUUUAAGAAGGUCAUUCUUGGACACUAUAAUUGGCUCUCCUAUGAAGAUGUCUUUGAGAGAGCUUUGAAUUUUGGGAAUGGCUUGCAAAUGUUAGGUCAGAAACCCAAAACCAACAUCGCCAUCUUCUGUGAAACCCGGGCAGAGUGGAUGAUUGCGGCCCAGGCAUGCUUCAUGUAUAAUUUCCAGCUUGUCACACUGUAUGCCACUCUGGGCGGCCCAGCCAUUGUGCAUGGAUUGAAUGAAACGGAAGUCACCAACAUCAUUACAAGUAAAGAACUUUUGCAAACCAAGCUGAAGGACAUAGUUUCUUUAGUCCCACGUCUGCGCCACAUCAUCACCGUGGAUGAGAAGCCACCACCAACUUGGGCUGAGUUCCCCCAGGGUGUCAUCGUGCACACCAUGGCGGCCGUACAGGCUCUGGGGGCCAAGGCAAGCAUGGAAAGCACACCUCAGAGUAAACCUGGUCCCUUAGAUAUUGCUGUGAUCAUGUAUACAAGUGGCUCUACGGGACUUCCCAAGGGGGUCAUGAUUUCCCACUGCAAUAUUAUUGCUGGAAUAACUGGAAUGGCGGAGAGGAUUCCACGACUAGGAGAAGAAGAUGUUUAUAUUGGAUAUUUGCCACUGGCCCAUGUAUUAGAAUUAAGUGCUGAGCUUGUUUGUCUUUCUCAUGGAUGUCGUAUUGGCUACUCUUCGCCCCAGACAUUAGCAGAUCAGUCUUCAAAAAUUAAGAAAGGAAGCAAAGGAGAUACAUCCAUAUUGAAGCCAACACUGAUGGCUGCUGUUCCGGAAAUCAUGGAUCGGAUUUACAAAAAUGUUAUGAAUAAAGUAAAUGAAAUGAGUAGUUUCCAACGCAAUCUGUUUAUUCUGGCAUAUAAUUACAAGAUGGAACAGAUAUCUAAAGGGUGUAGCACUCCUUUGUGUGACCGCUUUGUUUUCCGGAAAGUGCGAAGCUUGCUUGGUGGAAAUACUCGACUUCUGCUAUGUGGUGGCGCUCCUCUUUCCGCAGCCACACAACGGUUCAUGAAUAUCUGUUUCUGCUGUUCCGUCGGUCAGGGAUAUGGACUCACUGAAUCUUGUGGGGCUGGAACAAUCACAGAAGUGUGGGACUACAAUACUGGCAGAGUGGGAGCACCACUAGUUUGCUGUGAAAUUAAAUUAAAGAACUGGGAAGAAGGUGGAUACUUUAAUACUGAUAAACCACACCCCAGGGGUGAAAUUCUUAUUGGUGGCCAAAAUGUGACAAUGGGAUACUACAAAAACGAAGCAAAAACAAAAGCUGAUUUCUUUGAGGAUGAAAAUGGACAGAGGUGGCUCUGUACUGGAGAUAUUGGAGAGUUUGAUCCUGACGGUUGUUUAAAGAUUAUUGAUCGUAAAAAGGAUCUUGUGAAGCUACAGGCUGGAGAAUAUGUUUCUCUUGGGAAAGUUGAGGCAGCUUUGAAGAAUCUCUCCCUAAUAGAUAACAUUUGCGCCUAUGCAAACAGCUAUCACUCUUAUGUCAUCGGGUUUGUUGUGCCAAAUCAGAAGGAACUGACAGAACUAGCUCGAAGGAAGGGACUUAAGGGCACGUGGGAGGAGCUGUGUAACAGCUGUGAAAUGGAAAAUGAGGUCCUGAAAGUGCUUUCAGAAGCUGCUAUCUCAGCAAGUCUGGAAAAGUUUGAAAUUCCUGUAAAGAUUCGUUUGAGCCCUGAACCAUGGACCCCCGAGACCGGUCUAGUGACAGACGCCUUCAAACUGAAGCGCAAAGAGCUGAAAACCCACUACCAGGCGGACAUUGAGCGAAUGUAUGGGAGAAAGUGAUGGUCUUCUUCCAGCCUCCAUCUGCUGCAGGGAGCUCAGAUCAACUAGGAAAAUACUUGAAAUGCAUGUCUCAGUCUGUGAGGCAAACUCAUUCCUCAUAUUUAACCUAAACUGUUACUUCUCACUACGUCACCGUUUUUAACUGACAGGAUUAGUAAAAUAUUAAGACAGCAAACUUGGUGUCUGUCUCUUCUUUCUUCCCCUCCUCCAAUUUGCAUUUCCACCCAGGACUGCAUUCAUCAGCAUGAGGACUUUCUGAAUCCUGUUGGGGAAAAGUACUUUUAAGACCUCAAGUUUUUAAGACAUGAUUUCUAUGUUCUGUAUAAUGUUCAGUUUGUAACUUUUUAAAGUUUGGAUGUAUAGAGGGAUAAAUAGGAAAUAUAAAAAAAUUGGUUAUGGGGGGGCUUUUUUACUUACUGUAUUUAAAAAUGCAAGGUGUGAAAUUAUGUAAAUUUCAAAUACUUCUAAAUCAUUGUUGAACAAAAGAUUUGUUGCUCUGUAUUUACUGUCCUGUAUGCAUUUGAGAGAAAUAAAUAUACCCAUACUUAUGUUUGAAA